AUGAAUUACGUGAGACAUUUCUCGACGCCUUUCUUGACGCCACCGCCUCGGACUUUUAUUUUCAGUUCCUGGACGAGUUUAUCGAUUCACACAACCGCAACCCUUUCGUACCAAGAAGUCCAAGCAGCUUUGCGUGAAGAGCUCCGGUGCAAGCUAUCGCAAUCACGCUUGAGCGACUAUCGAAACAAGCCUAAGAAACCAGAGCAAACAUGGCACGGGUACUACGCAUAUCUGCGCCACGUAGGGAAAGAAAUGGGCGGUGAUCAAAACGCCCUUAUCCUGGAACCAUUUUGCAAAAAUGCCUCCACAUAUCCAGGGAUCCAGCUUCAGCUCGCCAGCGUCAUCGACUACAACGCUACCAACAUAAACGACGAAAUAAAUAAAGUGUUUACGCUCCUGACGAAGCUUUUGGGUGAUGGACGCAAGUCGAGUAUCCACAGCCAGCGUUCUUCAAAUGCAAAGGCAAAUGUAAAUAGAGCCUCUGCAGCUUCAGCGACAGCAUCUACGCAAGUUUCAGCGAAACCUAAAUUACCCCAGUACAGCUUUACGAGUCGCUCGCGACCCAAAGACGGCAUUAAACCAUGCUGGGUCUGCAAGACGACAGAACACAAAACAUUUGACUGCCCAGUGAUCCAAGACGCUCAACGCCAAGUCGGACAAGCCAGCGUUGCCACCGCAGUAAGCCCUAAUGAUCAUGCCGCCGAAUCGUAUGUCGUCGAGGGUUGUGACGACACUAUUAUCGACUCAACUGGGGAAUGUUUAUUUCUCGGGUCGGCAGAAGAAUGUAUCAACCAUGGAUCUCCAUUGGACUCUCCUACCCCUAAUGCCUUUGUUAGUGCUGACGCAUGCAUCGUACUCCAAUCCCGCAACGCUAAGUUGCCAAUUUCGACAAUGUGGCUUAUUGACAGCGGCGCUACCCAUCAUUUCACGAACAAUGCAGCUGCAAUUAUCACGCCCACACCCAGUUUCUUACGAGCCCGCGUCGCAAAUGGUUCCGUGCUUCAGGCCGUCAGCAAAGUCAGUGUACUGCUAAAGACGAUUGAAAACGGAACGAGUACCCGAUUUGUGCUCACUGAUGUGAACUACGUCCCCGCCAUGCCACGAAACCUGCUUCCUGUUUCUAAGCUUAUCGAUCAAGACUUUGUGGUUUCGUUAUCCAGUCACUGUACGCUCUCUACGAAUGAUCGUAUCGUCGCCCGUGCCCCUCGCGAAUCAUGCCUUUGGUCUCUUUCCGCAAUAUCUGAUACUCCUGAUGAGGUUGCUUCUUUUCUCUCUCGAUUGAAAGCUUCACCCUUCGCAAGUGGCAUGACCGGCUAG